CAGCAUGGCACAGAUGUGCAGCUGUUGUGUCGUCUCAUCCUGGGAUUGGCUGACGGCAGAGGAGGUGGUGUGCCGUUCACUGUACGUCCGGGCCUGUAGGAAACCGUAAAGCGAUUCUCCUUCUCCUUCUUCUCCGCCGCAGCGCGCACUUCAUCCCGCAGGUUUUUGGCUUUUACGGACUCUGUGUGUGGGAGAUUCGUCCGCCAUGUCUGUGUUUGGUACCGUCGCCAAACAGCUCAAGAGCCACCCAGCUCUGAUCCCCCUCUUCAUCUUCAUCGGUGGCGGGGUAACCAUGAGCGCCACGUACUUGGCUCGACUGGCUCUGAAAAACCCAGAUGUCUCAUGGGAUCGCACAAACAACCCUGAGCCCUGGAACAAAUUGGAGCACAAUCAGCAGUACAAACUUUUCGCAAUUAACAUGGACUACUCCAAGCUGAAGAAGGACAGACCUGAUUUCUAAGCCACCGCGUCCUCGCAUUUCUGUCUCUGACACUGUUGUCAGUGUGACAAGCCUUUGCACUUCUUUUUUUUUUUUUGCCAAAUACGAAUAAACCCAUGACACUGAAUGAAGGUCGAAUCACGCUGCUCGUUACACUCACUCAGCUAGUUUUGUUCCAGUGUGAAUGGAGGAAGGGAUCAUCCACUUUGUCAAUGACUGUAUGAAUAAAGCAGGCAGCCACCUGUUUUAUUAAAUUAUCAAUUUAUUUUUGAUUAUGUUGUAAAUCAUUAAAACUAUUGCAAUCCCA